AUGGCACUAAGGAAUCAGAGCGGCACAGAGCAGGUGACAGAAUUCAUUUUAAUCGGCUUCCAAGUCCCCAAGUCAGUGGCAAACCUCCUCUUCGUGGUACUUCUUGCAGUCUUCCUGUUAACACUAGCUGGGAACAUCACCAUUAUCACACUGGUCUGCCUUGCCCAGCAACUCCAAACAGCCAUGUACUUCUUCCUCUGCAAUCUCUCCCUCUUGGAGAUCCUCUAUGUCUUGACACUCACCCCCAAGAUGUUGGUGAAUCUGGUUUCCUUGAACAAAACCAUCUCUUUCCUUGGCUGCGCUGCUCAAUGCUAUUUCUACUUCUUCCUUGGCACUGCCGAGUUCAUCCUCAUCUCUGUGAUGUCAUUUGACCGUUAUGUCGCCAUCUGCCACCCACUUCGCUAUGCUGUCAUUGUGAAUGGUCAUGUCUGUACCUGGUUGGUCCUAGGUUGCUGGAUAGGUGCUUUCCUUUCGACCAUUGGCCCCAUUGUCCUGCUCUUCCAGUUGUCAUUCUGUGGCUCUAAUGUCAUUGACCAUUUCUUCUGUGACUACGCCCCAUUAAUAAAACUAUCUUGCAAUGACGUACAUUUUAUUCUAGCCUUGGAGUCUAUCCUAUCUUCAGUAGUGCUUCUCAGUUCAUUGUCUGUCACUGGUGUCUCUUAUCUGUACAUUAUCACCACCAUUGUGCGUAUGCAGACUGCCAAAAGCCGUCUAAAGGCAUUUUCUACCUGCGCAUCCCACCUUACUGUAGCCUCCAUCUUCUAUGGCAGUGCAAUCUUCAUGUACUCUUUGCCCAGCCAGGGACGUUCUCGGGAUGCCCAGAAGGCGGUAGCCAUACUCACAGCUGUGGUGACCCCUUUGCUCAACCCUUUUAUAUAUACUCUGAGAAAUGAGAAGGUGAAGGAGGCCUUGAGAGACUGUCUGAAGAGGUCAACAUUGAAAUUAUAA